AACAAUGCCUCUACCAACAGCUCUAUCGGUCCUGAACUCUUUCGAUACUAAAUUGCCCAGAGACCCUGAAAUCCAAUUCGGUUUCAGGGAAACUUAUCGAAAGUUUGAGUCAAGCGUCUCAUCAACUCGCGACACUGGCGCCAUCCCUGCCUUUCUCAAAGAAGACCUUUCAAUCUACCAACGCAUUUUCGACGACUAUUUCAAGGGUAUCAAGGACCGCGAUGAGCUCAGUGUGCCCAUGCCCGUGCUUGAAAAGUCACAUCUACUCAACACUGAAUCGGAUGUGAUGCGGCUUGCGAUGCUGCAGCUCAUCCACCCCGUGAAUAUUGCUCUCCAGGAGCUAUGCCCCGAGGGUACACGACUUGUCUGCGGGAAUGAGACCUCUCGUGGGUCUAACAGCCGCUUCGAUCUCCAGUGGUCCUUGUAUUCAAACGACGGACGGCUUCUCAAACUCCUUGCCAUUCUUGAAGUCAAAAACACCCAUGUCAUUCAUUGGGACGACUUUAAGCCUGCCGAGGCCACCGAGCAGACCCUUUACAACAAAACGGCGCAGGCCAUGGCGAAGAGCAUCCACCGUACACUGCUCAAGUCAAAUGCAGUAUGGCUGUCUAAGCAAGCAGCAAAGUACGCAGCGUACUGUAGCUACGUCGCAGUGUUUGACUGGAACGCAAUAUUUAUUUUCAAUUUCACCUACUUCAAAGACCAGACAAGAGACCAGGGUGUGAGAGGAAUUCAUUUCAACGAAUCCGGCCAAACCAGAGGAAUGACAUUUCGCCGCCUGCUGUUCGCGUUUGUGGCUCGGCCAUUGCAAAAUCAUCUGAAGAGGUAGUGUGAUUGAUUGCUCUUUUAUUUUAGCAAAUAUGUAUUCUUUUAUUUCAAUUAGUUGGACUUGUAGCUUGUCUCCUCUCUCUUCUUCCCGGAAAGAAUCCAUUCCACCUGUGGCAUCAGUCCCGCACUCUGCUAGAAAUGACAGCGUAUGGGACUCCCGGCAAUGUUGACUUGAAAUGCUACUCAGGUGGAUGAACUACUUCUGUCCUUCUUCGUUUUCCUAAUUCACCCCUUGUGAAAUGUUGAGCUGAACUGGUGAAUGGAAUGCUUGAAUGUUGACCUGGUGAGCAAGCACAAACUAUCUUCGUAUCCAACUUAGUUGCUGGUCGAAAUCCU